GGGUGGGACUCCUCCCCCGGCGCGCAUUAAAACCCAGCUCAGACGGACAGACCGGCAGUCUCUCUUCUCAGAGGAGCGUCCCUACGACACCCCACCCUGCCCUACCGGCGAAGCUCGGGCUCUCCAGGUGCCCCCGACAGCCAGGCAGGAUGGUGGUGUGCACCCUCGCCUGCUGGAGAUGCCGGUGGCUCCUGCCCCUGCUGCUGGGCCUGGCCAUCAUCAUGGGCAUCAUCGCGCUGGCGGGCAGGGGCUGGCUGGAGUCGGAGUCGGAGCCCUACGUGCACCAAGCGUCGCUGUGGGAGAGCUGCACGCGGAGCGAGCAGGACAUCAACUGGAGCUGUGAAUCCCUCAUGGACUAUGGAUGGGGGAGAGCAGCAGCUGCCACGUACCUCGUUGGCUUUGUGAUCCUGGUCAUCUGCUUCGCCCUCGCAGUCAUCGCGUUCUCAGUGGAAAUACUCCGUUUCAACUUUGUGCGGGGAAUUGGAGGCUUGCUCUUUGUUGUCGCUGCAUUCCAGAUCAUAGGCUUGGUCAUCUACCCAGUGAAAUUCACAGAAGAAAUCCCACUGAUGGGAGAUAAUAUGUUCAGCUGGGCCUACGGUUUUGGUUGGGCCAGCACUGUUGUUGUGAUAGGUUGCGCUUUCUUCUUCUGCUGCCUCCCCAACUGGGAAGAUGAAGUCCUGGGAAACAUCAAGCCGACCUAUUACUACUCCUCCCCAGAGAGAGCACCAUACUUAAAUUGAAAGAUUAACUCCAACUACAAUCAACUGUCAAAGCAACAGAAGAGCACCUCUGCUGUGACUUUUGGUGCGAUUAUAAGAGACUGAAAAAAAACCCACCUUAUUUCUUCAGAGUAUUUCUUACUAGCACUGGUAAAAAAAAUAGUAAAAACAUUGGCAUCUCUAAGCAAAUAGCUUUUACCUAAAGUAUUAUUUAUGUAUUCUCAUGUCAAUUCUGUUUAGGUGGUUUACUUGCUCCUUUCCCUCCUAACUAAUUGAGUCACCCUUAUUUUAUUCAAACAUUUGCUUGUGAAUAAAGACAUAGGGUUUCAAGUUCAGAAAGGAGGAAGAGAGAUUUUAAACAACCCACAAGGGAGACCUGCAAAAUGUUAUUUUUUUUGCAUUUUUAUCUCCAACAAAAUUUUCUUAAAUAAAACUAGGAAAAAAAUGCAGUCCUUCUAAAGAAUGCUUUUUCUUCCACCAAAGUCAGUCCCAAGGAAGGAACUUUACUGAAUCUAUUACAGUCACAUGCUGCCUAAGAAUCUCUUCUCAUUCCUGUUACUGGACUAUUUUGACUAUUAACUAUAUGAACUAAGGGGAAAAUAAAAUUAUUUUUUUCCUCCAUCUGUUGCAGUUGGAUGGAGAUUUCCUCUAAAGCAUGGAGCUAGUGUGUGUAAUGGUGGCUACUGUAACACUUAUUGGUGUUUUUGUGGCCACUGCAGUACUUGUGAUGGAGACACAUGGAAUUAAAUAUUAAUUGUCACAGAACCAAUAAAUCUUCAGAUGUUAAAGUGUUUACAUUCUUACAUGGUAUUUGACAGAUGCUGAUUUAGAAAAUGCUUUUCAGUAGAAACACACACUGUUCUUUAUGUCUGCCCUUUAAAAACUGCAGUAUUUUAAUUAUCAGACAUGCUUUGGAGGGAAACCUUAGCAUAAGGUGUUGAAAACCUCCAAAAGUUUCUAAAACACACUGUAGGUACUCCAGGGAUUGGUAAGCUUGGGAAAGUUUUGUGAGUCACUAGAGAUAACAGGUAUAAAUAGGAAAGCAGUCUGUGACCAAUAUAUACAUGCAAACUUCAUACGGACAUGUGUCUCAGGGCGUAACCUGCUGGGCUCCCAGCUUGUCUUUCUGGAGCUGGCGACUGCUUUCCAGUGAGACAGAGCUGUGUCUGUGUCCGUCAUGGACCAGAGCAGCUUACGGCGUAUUUAGUUAAGGUCUGUAAUCUUUGUCAGGGCUUUCUUCAGCUGGGGAAGAAAGACUGCUUUCCCCUUAUCAUGAACCCAGUACUCAGGAGAUGGUAAAUGCGUGGGUAUAUUUAUUCAUGCACAUGUACAAAAUAGAGCUACAAUGCAUUAAUCAGUAUCCUGUAAAACCAAAGAAAUGUAGAUCUAAGCUUUUUCAAUGCCCAAUAUAUCUUGUAUUAUAUGUUGUAUACCAUUCUGUUUUGUAACACCUUUUCUAAUUUGGCAGUUCUGCGUUUUGUAUGUGUUCCUGCUUUGGAAAGGCCGGGUGAUGUCUUAACACCCCUUGCAGGCCUGUAUUUUAUAAUUUUACAGAGUACAAACAUCUGCAGACUUCAGAACAGUGUUACAAGCUCAGUCAGUCAUGGCAUAUACAAUCAACUGUGCUUGUGAUUCUUGCUGAAGAAGACAACUUGUGACAAAUGUGUCUUUAAGAACACAAUUUUCUUCUGUACAGUACUGGUGUGGGGGGGUAUACUGUGUAGACGUAUCUGUAUUAUGAGUAACGUCAGUCAGUUUCUAGCGAAUUCAAAAUACAGAAGAGAAUCUCAAGUCUGGAAAAUCCUUGCACAGCUAAAGCUGAGAAGGAGAAAAGACAUAAGAAAAUGAACACCCUUCCUAAUGAAAGGGAGGAUGGUAUGGUAAUAGGGUUUAGCAUAACUUAAGUCUUUUGUAUGUUUUUUAUAAGCACUGUCAUGACUUGUCAAAAAAGCACAAAUGUAAAAUAAACUUGGUUCUGAAUAUACUGGGUAGAUGGAAGCAUAAGCAGCAUGUUACACAAUUAAGAUGUCUGGGAGAAAGCUGUUGCAAAUAGUCAUUAAUUACUCUCAAGUGAUACUAAUGUAUGUGGCACUCCUUUCAAAUGUGGUGGCUUAAUUAAAAUGUUUUAAUUGAUA